AUGUCUCAGCAAUACGCAAAAGAUCAGCCGGAAGGGUUCAAGAACCGCGUCCAGAACAUUGCGAUCGUGGGUGUAAGCGGCAAUGUCGGCGAGUACAUGGCCAAAUCGCUGCUCCAAACAGGCAUGCACCACGUCACGGCCGUGACCCGCGCGGACUCCCCCUCCCUCGCCAACAUGCCCGCCGGCCUCACGAUCAAGAAAGUCAACUACGACGAUCCAAGCACCCUGAUCGACGCGCUCACAGGCCAAGAUGUGCUCAUCAUCACCAUGGCCGUCACCGCCCCACCCGACACGCAGGACAAACUGAUCGACGCGGCCGCCGCGGCGGGCGUGCCCUGGAUCCUCCCCAACGAAUACAGCAGCGACCCAACGAACGAGUCCAUGCAAAAGGACAUCCUGCUCGGGGACGGGCGCGUCAAGGCCCGCCAGCGCAUCGAGCGCCUGGGCGUCAGCAGCUGGAUCGGCUUCUGCUGCAGUUUCUGGUACGAGUACUCUCUCGCGGCCGCAGCGGGGACGUUCGGCUUCGACUUCGCGGGCAAGAACCUUACCUUGUACGACGAGGGGACCACGCGAAUCAACGCGACGACGUGGGAGCAGUGCGGGCGCGCGGCCGCCGCGCUGUUGAGUCUGAAAGUGUUGCCUGAGGAUCCCACUGACAAGGCGCCCACGCUGUCCAUGUUCCGCAACGACCACAUGUAUGUGUCCUCAUUCUUGGUCUCGCAGCGGGAUAUGUUCGAGUCGGUGCUGCGCGUCUCGGGGGACAAAGAGGACGCGUGGACUGUCCGACACGAGGACGUCAGGGAGCGGUAUCGGGCUGGCGUGGAGGAGAUGAAGGCCGGCGACAGGAUGGGGUUCGUCAAGUUGCUGUAUGCGCGCGUCUUCUUCCCGGGGGACGGCGACUACGAGUCGAAGAGAGGGCUGCAUAACGACAUCCUAGGCCUGCCGAAGGAGGACUUUGACGAGGCCACCAAGCGCGCGCUUGAUAUCGUGGCUAGAGGUGGGCCAUGGGUUCCCGAGCGCCGUUGA